AUGAGCUAUGCACAACACUCUCCUCCUUUGGGGUCUGGUAGUAAGACACCUAGUAGCAGAAGAACUUUUGAGUUUGGAAAGACACAUGUAGUGAGGCCAAAAGGGAAACACCAAGCUACUAUAGUUUGGCUCCAUGGUCUUGGUGACAAUGGGUUGAGCUCAUCUCAGCUCCUGGAAUCCCUCCGUCUUCCAAAUAUAAAAUGGAUUUGUCCAACUGCUCCAAUCCGUCCAGUAAAGACACUUGGCGGUUUUUCUUGCACUUCAUGGUUUGAUAUGAGAGAAGUAUCCUCUUCCUCCUCCUCUUCAGAAAAUGGUGGAAAUGAUGAUUGGGAGGGUCUAGAUGCCUCAGCUUCUCACAUUGCCAACUUGUUGUCUACUGAGCCAACUCAUGUGAAAGUUGGAAUAGGAGGAUUCAGCAUGGGAGGAGCAGUAGCAGCAUAUUCAGCAACAUGCUAUGCAAUGGGAAGCUUCUCAAAUGGAAUGCCUUACCCUCUCUCCAACCUCACUUCUGUUCUUGCUCUUAGUUCAUGGCUUCCUGGGGGACCCACUUGUAGGACCCUUUUAAGGAACAACAACAACAACGUUAACACCAUACAUGCUAAGAGUCGAGCUGCUUCAUUACCUAUUUUCCUUGCACAUGGAAUUGCUGACGAUGUUGUGCUCUAUAAAUACGGACACCAAUCUGCUCACUCCUUAUAUUCUGCUGGUUUUCGAUCCAUCACUUUUAAAUCUUAUGAUGGGAUUGGUCAUUACACAAUUCCUACAGAGAUGGAUGAUGUCGCCAAUUGGCUUAACUCAAACCUUGGCCUUGAGGGAUAA